UCCAGUAUCUACACGUGUGUGUAUUUAGGUGCACAUGGACCAGCAGCCCCAAUCAGCGAAACAAAUGGGAAAAAGCUAAUGUCUUUCCUCCGGGGCUCGCUGGGAAAGCGGCACCUGGCCGGAGGAGGGAGGGAGGCCAGCUGGGUGGGGAGUAUCGGUUCAGGUGAGAUCUGGCCGAUAGCUGGAGAGGAGGAGGAGAAAAAGGAGGAAGAGAGCGGAGGGCUAGAACCGGAGGCCCCGAGAGGGUCCCUCCCGCCGAGCCGGGCCGGGCAUCCCAGCUAGCCCGCCCCUGCCUCCGCCCCCUCCCCGCCUGCGGCUCCUCCUCGCUUCGCCAUGGUGGAGCAGGGAGACGAGGCGCCGCUGCUGUGCUGGGCCGAGGGCCCCGCCGUGUCCCUGCCGCAGGCCCCCGAAUUCCAGGCCAGCAGCCGGGGAUGGGGUGCGGGUGGUGGUGGCGGGGGGCUGGGGAGCGGGCCCGCAUCUGGGGUCCGGCGGGCUGCAGAGCCCGGAAAGAAGGAGGAGGUGGAGGAGGAAGAAGAGGAGGAGGAGGCGGAGUUCGGACCCGGGGAACUGCUGCGGCGGCAGCCCGGGCGCCUGCCUCUGGAGGAGGAGGAGGACCAGGUGGUGGCCGUAUUUGUGGUCACCUUCGAUCCCCGCACGGGUAACAUGCUGGAAUGGUGUCUGCCUCAAGAUAUUGACCUGGAAGGGGUUGAAUUCAAGUCUAUGGCCAGUGGGUCCCAUAAAAUUCAGUCCGACUUCAUCUAUUUCCGAAAAGGGCAUUUCUUUGGCCUUGCCUGCUUUGCUAACAUGCCUGUGGAGAGUGAAUUGGAGCGUGGAGCCCGGAUGAAGUCUGUGGGCAUCCUCUCACCUUCUUAUACACUCCUUUACCGAUACAUGCACUUCUUGGAGAAUCAAGUCCGACAUCAGCUGGAGAUGCCAGGGCAUUAUUCUCAUCUGGCUGCCUUCUAUGAGGACAAGAAAGGUGUGCUUCACGCUAGUCACGGAAAACCCAACUCUGUGCACCCUGUUCAUUGGCUGCCCUCCAUCCAUCGGUAUAUGUACCCAGAGAUGAAGAUCACACACCCAGCUGGCUGUAUGUCACAGUUUAUCAAGUUCUUUGGGGAGCAGAUCCUCAUCCUCUGGAAGUUUGCUUUGCUUCGCAAACGCAUUCUGAUAUUCUCUCCUCCCCCUGUGGGAGUUGUGUGCUACAGAGUCUACUGCUGCUGCUGCCUGGCCAAUGUCUCUCUGCCGGGAAUAGGAGGAACAAUUCCUGAGUCCAAACCCUUUUUUUAUGUGAAUGUGGCAGAUAUUGAGAGCCUAGAGAUAGAAGUGUCUUAUGUGGCUUGUACGACAGAGAAGAUUUUUGAAGAGAAACAUGAUUUGUAUGACGUGUAUGUGGACAACCAGAAUGUAAAGACCCAUCAUGAACACCUGCAGCCGCUGCUCAAGCUCAAUAGUGCUGACAAAGAGAAGUACCGGAGACUUAAUGAGCAGAGGCAGAUGCUGUUGUACUCUCAGGAAGUGGGCGAGGACUGCAACCCAUGUGAAGAAGACCUCUUUGUCUUGUUUUUCCUGGAACAGAACAACAGGAUAUUCCAGACUUUGCUGGAAGUCUCUGCAAGCCAGGACAAGACCCUGACAGCAGAGCAUGCCCGAGGCAUGGGCCUGGACCCCCAAGGAGAUCGAAACUUCCUUAUGGACCUGCUGGAAGCAUAUGGCAUUGAUGUGAUGCUAGUCAUUGAUAAUCCCUGCUGCCCAUAGACAGCUGGUGAAGAAAUGACUCUCUCAUGUGAUAAGAAGCACUCUUGGAAUUCAUCCCACUGCCUCCCAAAGGAUUUCAUUUUUAUUUAACAAGUUUAUAUGAAAGAAUAUUAUUUAUACUUUUCAACAAAUGCAACUUUUACAUUUUUCUCCCCACCCCCCAUCCCUUAAAUUGAAUGACCUUGGUUUUGUAUUCUGGCUUUGAUAGAACUUUCACCUCCAAGCUGCCCAGGUCUUUGGGCCUGCGCUGACCUUGGGAAGUGAGAGAGAAAGCUAAUUUCUUAAGGAGAUCUUCUAACGUGACUCAGGGAUGGGAUCGAGUAGAUUUGUUACCAGGACAGGGUACUGGAAGCCCAUCUUUAAGAAACACUGGAAUGGACUUGAGGAAGGUUGGGAAAUUCCAGUAACUGGCAAGGUUCAAGAGAAGACAACCACCUGUCCAUGAUGAUCAAAAUAUGCCAUUACCUGAAGGCAGCGCACUAGACUAGGUACCUUCUCAAGAGUCCCUGGUUGCAUUUUAGGAUUUUGAUCCUCUGAUCUCAUCAUGAUUUCCUGUUCAAGUAAAUGAAACAAGCACCCCUUUGGUGGCAGUGACUACAGGGCAGGACACAAGUGUGCUUCUCAAUCUGAGUACUACUGUAAACUAGUAUGAAUGUCAUGGGAAACUUGAAUGGGACCCUGAAACCUUUUCAGGAGUGCUACAGGCCUUUCCUUCCCCUUUCCCUCUAUUCUUUAUGGUUCAGGCUAUCCCUUAGUUGGGGGAAAGAGCUGACACCAUCACCUUGUCAAACAUUUUCCCACUAUUUAACUUUCACUGAGGACUAUGUACUGCUGGGUUGAAAGGGUAAGGCCUUUUUUAGAGCAUAAAAAAGUGGCAUGAAAUUAAAAGAAGUCUGAACUCUCCAGAGGGUUCUAGCAGGCUGUGACAGAAUCUAGGGAGUGUUGGGGCUGAUUAGCCCCACUGGUCAGAGAAUUACAUUAAACAAAGCUAAGGAGAUGGAUGUGAUCUCUUUUAAAGGUCCUAUUUAUCUUUAGCAUGAAGGGCUAUGUAUGGCAUUCUUGAUUCUAGUUAUUAAAGCAGGGGACAGAGAAGUUUAAUUUAUUCCCUUCCUAGAUAGGAAGGACCCUCAACAGUGCCUUCUCUCAGGGUGUAGUGGUCAAGAAAUCCCUGAACAUGGCUUGUGGAAACAUCUAAGUUCUGUCUGGAUGUCUUUCACAGCUGUGUGUUGAGUGGUGAGUGACUGCUUUCCUGUUCACUUGGGGGAAGAAGGGAAUUGUGAAUUAGCUGUGGUCAGCAGCCUGCUCCUGUGAGUUACAAUGAGACCUUUCACAAUCUAGGCCCAUGGAAGUGGCAGGGGCAGGAGCUGUUCUGCUGGGCCUCAGUUUCAGUCUCAUAGCCUGGGCCACUGGUGGGAAGUGCUUUCUCCCUUCCUUCUCUUACUAGCUAUGCUAUUUCAACAUGGGUUUAUGUGACCAUGGCCAAGAUCCACCAGAUGAAUUUCCACAGCUGGGAAGAAUGAGGAAAUAGUGAAUUAUAUUUUAUCAUCAGGUCUGACAAAGGCUUCUACUUUCUUUAGAGGAAUUUGCUGAGCCUGGCUUUUAGGGUGUGAUAUUCAAGUUUUGUGAAAUGCAGAUAUACUAAUGGUAACACACACAAUGUUCUUUUUUUGGUAAAUACACAAAUAUGAAUGAACUUUCAAAUAUAAAUAAUAGAAUUAAUUAAUUUCUUUUUUGCUGUGGGCAGUAAUACAAGUAUUUACAAAAAAAAAUCUGUAGAUUCCUUUUGGUAAUACCUGGAUCUUCUUUCUGCCUCUCUUAACUCUGCUGUCUUUAAAAUGCCCUCACACAGGAUCUAAAGCUGAAAAAGACUACUGAGGAGAUAUAUCCAACCUUUUGUCACUGUCUACUAAUUUUGCCUUAAGCCAGCAUGUGAAUCUUUUUCUCUCUGCUAAUCCCUGUAGAGCUGAAGCAUCUCUGCCUAAUCAUCACCAUCAAAUCCCUCAGAGUAGACUGAAAACCAAGGGCCUAGACAUCACGAUGGAAAGACACUCAUUUAGCUCCAAUGUCAGCAAUGCUUAAGAGACAUUAGCCAACACAGUGCGGACUCCAAAUGUCUUCUUGCUUUAGUCUGGCUCAUUUAACAAAGAGCUAGGAGCUAGACAUCCCUUUAUGGCAAGGAGACAGGAUCCAUAUCCAACCUGAGCCUUCUGAUCUAGCUAUACCUGAAGCAUUCCUCUCUAGUCUGGUCAUUACCAUUCAUGCUUUGGAACACCACGCCAGGGACUUUGUAUGCUGCUGAACCUCAGUAAAUGGUCACUGACUUAGAAAACAUUUUGCUCUCAUAGGGCAUUAGCUACCAAAGCAUCACAGAUGUUUCAUUCCUAUGAUGGAGUUGGGGUGGGGAAGCAGGCUAGAGGUUAAAUAGAACAUGGGGGUUCUUAGGUAAAAUUUGUGGUAUGUGCUUGUAUAUGUAAAUUACCUUGUUCUCCAUGUUAAAGCAAAAACAUAUAGGUAAAAAACCCUACAGGGUAAAAAUUCCUACAUCAGAACAUUUCAGCCUGAGAAGUGGAGGAUGAAGAUAACUAGAAAAAUACUUUAAAAAUAGAACCAUGUGGUCAUUCACCUCUUUUGGAGGAGCCUCCCAUGAAGAGCAACAAUUAAAUUGACCUUUUAAUGGCAAUGGUGCUCCCCAGCCAAGGAGGGUAAGAACUUACAUUCUAGGCAAAGAGGACCUCUGGGCAUGGUUUAUCGAUGCCAGCAGUCUUGCUGAUCCCAGCAGGUAUUAGCUCAUGCCUGUAAGGACCGAAGGGUGUAAUAAGUCAACAUUCUCCUAAGAUUUGCUGCUCUGUAGAUGCAAGAGCAACCCAAGGAUGUCAUUGAGGUCAUAAAUAGGUGUCUGAUAAGAACUUUGCACUUGGCUGACUGGGACCAAGAAUCCUGUGAUUUGGAUGGUAAACCUCCCAUUCCUUGCCUUGAACUGUAACUGCAGAGCAGCCCCCUCACCUUUGUAGAGCCUACACAUGCUUUGUGAUCACAAAAGGCCCUCAUUAAAAAUCAGUGCUAUCACAGUUUGACUUGACCUUUGGAUAUAGGAGAAGAACUGAAAGUGGAUGAAAGGGAGUGGGUUGGCUAUACCUUCUAGCAUGUUCUUAAAAAGUGAGAUUAUAAAUCUUACCUUGAUUACUAAUGGGCCUAAGCUCUAAAUGGGUAUAGAAGAUUACUUAGUAUCAUGAGAAAAUCCUGCAAAAUUGGUCCUUUUUUUCUUAUAGGAAAGGGAAAGUUUAUUUUUCUAUCAAUAAGUGACCAAAUAUGUAAAGGAUUUCAAAAAUACAAUUCUGGAAAAAGGCAGUUUUGUUACAUUAAGGAAACCUGCCACAGGAGUAUGAUUUAAUAUCUUAGUAAAAGGAGAAUUGUCAAAUAAGGAUAUUCUCAGGAAAUGAGGUUUAAAGACAUUCCUGAGAGAACACAGUAGUUAUACCAACUACAAAAGAAAUAUAUUUUCUGAGAAAGCAGUAAAGCUGCAGAUUUCUGGCCAACUGGCCUUGGUAAAAAAAAAACCAAAAAACUGAUCUGGGAAGGAUACAAUACUGGGAAAAAAAACAAUGGCAUCAGAUCUCUGUUCUGAUGGAAGGUGGUGGAGGAGAGAGGAUAUUAAAAAAAAAAACGACAAUUAGGUUUAUUCACUUCAUUUAGGUCAAUCUUUGGUCAUCCUGGAAGCAUCUGUUAAGCUUAAGAAAAAUAAAAAAACAAGAUCCAGUGUAGCUAAAUAAAAUUUGCUUCCUCAUGUCACAGAACCAAUGCAGCCUCACAAUUACCUUAAAGGUAAAAAGCACAUCUCUUAAUAUCAUGGUUCUUUAACCAAUGCUAGCAAUAACAAAAAUCUGAUGUUUCUUUCCUUCUCUCCUGAACAGUCUUUAUCUAUUGCAAAUGAAAUUCUGAAAUCAGUAGGGUGAAUACUACUCAAAUGAUAGUGUUUGCAAACUCUGCUGACUCUUAGCUGUGGUAAUUCUGAGGGCCCAAAGGAUGGGGUUAAUCCUGAUGAUAAGAUGAAAAUGACACUUGAAUCUGUUCUGUUGUACAAAUGGUUGCUGUACAGCUUAUAACAUACCUGUAUAGAUCUGAGCCAAGCGGUCUACAGAAGUUGAGAUGACCAUAGUUACAGAAAAUAGUUUUUACAAUUAAAGUUCACAUUUUAACAUGAA